CCGCCUUCUGCUGAAGUUGAAAUGAGAAAUGGAACUUGUCAAGAGACGCAGCCUUCUUCGCAGCGGUUGCCUUUCGGACCACACGCCCACGUUUACUCGUUGAAGCGCCCGCAGCGGCUGCGUCGUUGCAAAGAUGUCGGCAGGGCAUCCCUCUGGGUCUACGCUUUAUGCAGGCAUCUUCAAGACGCCUGCGGGAGAUGCGAUAGCGUCGUCGAAGGUUACCGCCCCGCCUUCCUCGGGCGCAUCUCUUGCAUUGGAGGCAGGUCGACCCUCACUAGGAGGCGAUUCAGCCGCAGCCACCGGCUUGACGAAUUCUGCAGUUCCGUCAUCAUCAGGCCAGCCGUGGUCUGCGGCUCUGCGGUUCGCACCCCGCAGUAAAAGUGGAUCUGGUGCGGCUGGCAAGCCCAAGCCCAAAGUGCUCGCCUCCUCUGCUGUUGCUACGACUACCCUACCUGCGCCACCGGUCGCUGUGAGCGCAGCGGCACCCAGACCAAGCCGUAUGCAAUCCACGUCGGUCCAUGACGCCAACCAAGUUCUUUCUGAUAAGGGUCCAGCCGUCCCAGCGACAAGCAGUAAACUGACUGCGCCAGUGCCUAGCCUCUUGGGGCCUCCGCCACUAACGCUGCCGCCCGAAGAGAUCGAGGCUGAUCGCACUCUGGCGCGCGCGGCUGCCGAAGCAAGAGGAGAGAAACGCCCCCAAGAUGACACGGAUGAGCCCGAAGAUGGCUAUGACAUGGAUGACGACAUCAAUGGCUUUUACAGCACGGAAAAGGGCAAGCGAUCGCGAAAUAAAAAGAAAAAACGCAGACGAGGGCACUCGCCCGGUGCGAUCUCGUGCGUCCACAUGGAUGCCGACUACGAUCCGCGCGUUCCAAAUGACUAUGCGGCUUUCAAAGAGCUGCUGCGCACGCGGCGGAGAAUGACUCGCGAAAAAAGGCAGGAGGAUGUAGCGAGGCGAGGAGAUCAGAGCUCAGAGUACGAGAGUGACGAGCAGGAGCCGGACGAAACGAGACUGCCGAAAACAUUGUACAAAGGCUUUGCCCCACCACCGACAUACAACGCGUCUACCGCACGCGCUGGCAUUCCCAAAGUAGAUGACGAAAAGCCGUACCUUUCUCCACCUCCCACAGCUAUGCCCAUGCCAAGCGUGGGUAUGCCAGACGACCAAGAUCAGCAGCGCACUCAGACAUCCUCGGCCGACGAAAUUUAUGCGCGCAGACUUGCCCUGACUCAGGCUCUUCAACAGCAGAUGCAAACUCUCUCGUCCCCUGCAGGGCCAGCACUGGCCCCGCCAGGUUGCCCUCCUUCGGCGCCAAGCACGAGCACAUAUGAAGCCCAGAAAAGCGCAGCGGCUGCGAUCGCAGCUAAGUUGUCGCAAAUGCAGGGUAGCAAGCCCGACAAGCCUCCUGCAUUCCAGCCAGCCGCCGCGGCCACUAGCUUAACCGCGACCGACACAGACGAGGCAAAGCAUCGCCCCGACCCAGCGGGCUUUGCCGCGCGCCUGAUGGAGAAGUACGGCUAUAAGAAGGGCGAAGGAAUCGGCGCCCAGGGCAACAAGGGUAUCGUUCAGCCACUCGAGGCGAGCAAGGCAGAACAGGGCGCCCAGCAGCGCCGGUACGCCCUUCCACACGGCAACGCAGAUGACGCUAACACCAAAGCCAACCUGCAUGCGAUGGGCAAGAUCGUCAACAACAAUGCUGAUCCGCGGCAGGAGGAGGAACAGAGGCGAUUUGGAGACCCGAGCGAGACAAUAUUGUUGGAGAACAUGGUCGCCGUGGAGGACAUUGACGACGAGCUGCAGGACGAGAUUCGCGAAGAAUGCUCCAAGCACGGCAUUGUAGAGCGUGUCUUCAUUUACCCGGUUCCCGCACAGGCAGAGGUACUCAUAUUUGUGCGGUAUAGCGGGCCAGUGGGCGCUUGGAAAGCAGUCCGCGACCUGGAUGGACGCUUUUUCGGUGGGCGCAAGGUCCGCGCUCGCUACUAUCCGACUGUUCGCUUUGACCAUGGAGACUAUCUAGCUCU